CCCCGCCCCAUGGCCGCCCCCCAGAGCUGGCUGUACCUGAAGGGCUCGUACCUGCGCUGCACGCGCCACAUGGAGGUGGCCUUCAUGGUGUGCGCCAUCAACCCCUCCAUCGACCCCCACACCGACAGCCUGGAGCUGCUGCAGCUGCAGCAGCGCCUCCUGUGGCUUCUGUACGACAUGGGGCACCUGGAGCGCUACCCCAUGGCGCUGGGCAACUUGGCCGACCUGGAGGAGCUGGAGCCGACGCCGGGCCGGCCGGACCCACUGACGCUGUACCACGAGGGCAUCGCGUCGGCGCGCACGCACUACAACAACGAGCACAUCUACCCAUACAUGUACCUGGCCGGGUACCACUGCCGCAACCGCAACGUCAAGGAAGCGCUGGGGGCCUGGGCCGACACCGCCACCGUCAUCCAGGAGUGAGCAGGGGGGCAAAUGG